UCCUCGCAGGUGUGAUCUCCAUUGCAAAAUCAUUUUUCAUUUUUUGUAAGAGCGAAAGAAAAGAGAUGCAAACAGAUAAUCAAAAUGCCAAUUAACUCCGAAGUGUGUUUGGUAUUGGGUGCACAGUGGGGUGACGAAGGUAAAGGAAAGAUUGUUGAUGUACUUGCAGCAGAUGUUGAUCUUGUUUGCCGUUGCCAAGGUGGAAGUAAUGCAGGGCAUACCGUUUUGGUUGGAGAUAAGGAAUACAAAUUUCAUCUUAUACCCAGUGGAAUAACAAACGAAAAAGUAACUGUUGUUAUUGGCAAUGGUGUUGUAUUACAUAUUCCAACGUUAAUGAAAGAAAUUGAUGCAAACUCUCUUAAGGGGAUAAAAGACAUGAUGAAACGAAUGAAAAUAUCUGAUAGGACUCAUUUAGUAUUUGACAUGCAUCAACAAGUUGAUGGCUUACUAGAAAGUUUAAAAGGAAAAAGCAAAAUAGGAACAACAAAACGUGGUAUUGGUCCAACAUAUGCUACUAAAGCGCUACGUAAUGGGUUGAGAAUGGCUGAUCUAAUGGGUGAUUUUGAUAGUUUUUCUAAAAAAUUUCAGUUUUUAUACGACUACCACAAAAGAUUAUUUCCAGAACUUGAAGUUAAUGUUGAAGAAGAAUUAAAGAAAUAUAAGGAUUACAGUACGAUUUUGAGACCUAUGGUUGAAGAUACUAUAGUAACACUUCAUGAAGCACUAAAGAAAGGCUCUAGAGUGUUAAUAGAAGGUGCUAAUGCAACUAUGCUUGACAUAGACUUUGGAACAUACCCCUACGUUACUUCAUCUAACUGCGGCUCAGCUGGAGCAUGCAGUGGGCUUGGUGUGCCUGUUAAUGCUAUUCAGAAUAUAUAUGGCGUUGUGAAGGCUUACACGACAAGAGUAGGGGCAGGUAUUCUUCCGACUGAAUUGCUCGAUGACACUGGAGACCAUUUGCAGAAAGUUGGUGCUGAGUUUGGUACAACAACAGGGCGUCCAAGAAGAUGUGGUUGGUUAGAUUUGGUGGUUGUAAAAUACACACACAUGGUGAAUGGUUAUUCUGCACUGGCAAUCACUAAAAUUGACGUUCUGGAUGAUCUUGACGAAAUUAAAGUGGCAGUUAAUUACAAGAUGAAUGGCAAAGCUCUACCCUCUUUUCCAGCACAUCUUCCGGACUUGGAAAAAGUGGAAGUAGAAUAUAUGACACUGCCAGGGUGGAAACAAAGUUUGAAAGAUAUUCGCAAAUAUGACGAUCUACCGGAAAAUGCUAAAAAGUAUUUAAAAUUGAUAGAAGAACACGUUGGUGUGCCAGUAAAAUGGGUCAGUGUUGGUAAAAGUCGCGAUGCAAUUAUCACUGUGAUGUAAGAGCUGCUUCAAAGAAUCACUUUUCAGGAGGUUUUCGAGAAUAUAUAUUUUUUAAUUUUACAUGUAUGUUAACUUUCCUGCGCUCAGACUGGUCCACUUUGUUUUCUCCAUUUUCUCGCUUUUAGCUUCUCUGAUUAUCUAAAAAAAUUAGCGCAUGCGCACUAGAUAUAAACGAAGGUCAAAGAAAUGGUUUGGUGUGUAGCAGAGAGUGGUAUUUUCAUUAAAAUCCCCCUUCCCCAGAAGUCUCAUAUACGCAGUAGGAAUGAAAUGUGCGCACAACAACAGAGCGAGGCAAAGCUGGCCUACAAAGUAGAUUAUGACAAUGCUUAUCGAUCGCAGUAUAAUUUUUUUUGAUAUAUAUUUUUUUCUUAUUUUUCGUAAAACAUUUGUAUUAAAAUAUUUGUAACAGCGCCAUUUUAAUUAGUAAAAAAAUUUACCUCGUGUUCUUUCUUAUGCAGAAAAAAAAACCUACGGAUAAAAAAAACCCUGCGUUCGGAUAAAAAGAAAGAGAGGGAGCACAUGCUAUUAAACAAAUACACAUAAGUGCGCUUUGCAUUGUGGUAGUUUAACAUUUUACCGUACCGAUGUAAUACACAAAAAAAUAUUUUGGUCUUUUUAGUUGUUACAAUAAUAAAUUUCUUUUUUUCUUUUUCGCAUUUUUUAUUUAUCUUCUAAGUAUGGUUUUUUAUGUUUAAAAAAUAGUCCCAAAAAGAUUGUGGCCUCCCUUUUAGUUGAAAAAGCUUUCUUUCUUGAUUUGAAGUCGCAACGUCUGACAUGUUUCCUAUCCAGUGUAGUAGUUUGCAGAACAGUUAAUAAUAUCUCGACAUCAUACCCGUACCAGGUUUUUCAUUGUUGAUAUUAGUAUUUUCAUGACAACUUUUAAUAUUUUUCUCUUCUGUAAUGUAUAUAUAGGUGUGGUGUAGAAACAUAGUCAGCGUUCAAUUUCUACGAGAUUGCAUGCUGAGCCAGUUUUUAACUUUACUUCUAGGUGUAAAUAUUUAAAACCGGCGUAGAUUGGUAAAUAGUGUU